UGGAACAAGUACAGCAGGAUGAGUGAACUCAGCCACGGAAGUGACAUAAACACCCACACAGUUCAGAAAUGAGAACAGAGGAUGCUGAGUAUCAACUCAAUAAAGCCGAAGGUUCUCAUUUCUGCUGUGAAAGUGUGAUUUUCAAACUGUCCACCUUGCUAUUAGCCCAGCUUGUCUUGGCUGAAGCGUUUCUCUAUUCCUGAUAGCUUACCUCAGUCAAAGCAAACACUUGUUGCUAGGAAAACAUGGAUUAUACUGCGCAUCUGUUUGCACACGACCAAAUGACCGAGAUAAACUUCAGCUCUGUGAAGUUUAUCUCCGUGAACUGCCUCUAUGUCCAGACACAAUAUUAAACUGGAGAGCCCUUUUGUUGGCCAUGCUUUUUUUUCUGUCUUGCUGUUUGUGCUAAACGUGCAGAGCUUCUAUGACAUGAACAGCACUGACACAACCUCUAUUGUGUCUGAAGGGAAAGGAAAACAUUCAUUCAUCAAGCAGAGCACUGACCGUCUGUCUCCAUCGGUAAACAAAGCACACAGCAUCUGAUGCUGACAGAAUGUUUGUCACCAAAACUGCCUGGAAAAACCUGUUAAAUUUAGGAUAUUAACAUUAGGAUACUCUUAUUUCUGUUUUGUGGAAAAGGCAGAUUUUACAUUAAGGAGAAUUUUCUCACACUAAUAAUGCUGUAUUAAUGUUUUCUUUUUUUUUUUUUUUCUUUUUCUUUUUUGCAAACACUCAUAUCAGAAAUGUUAAUGGGGGUGUUGCAAUAACACCUCCAUUAUAAAAACAUUAUAAAAUUUAGUUUUUAAGUAAGUACUUUAUGAAUGCCCUUAAAGGUAAAAACAUUCCAGCCUCGUUGAUACAGAAUUCUAUCUUGUGUACGCACAUGGGAUUGUAAUUCUAUGCACACAAGAUGAAAGCUACUGUGCACAAGACAAAAACAUUUGCCAUUAAGAUUAUUCUCUGCAUGCACAAAAUAACUGAGAUUUUCACAGAAAAAAUAUUCCGCUUGUACAGGUAAUUAAUCUUGUUCCCUCAAUUAAUCAUCUUGGGUCAGGAACAAGAUCAAAACAUGUACAAUAUGACUCCUUAAUUAUCGUAUACAUUUUGCAAUAAUGACUUGAGUUCACAAGAGAAUAACUGGCAAGUACAAUAUGAUGACUUUUGCGCACAAAACAAUAUGUAUACAACAAAAUCCACAACUAAAGUAUUAUAAUAAUGAUACUAUUUGUAAGAUUGUGUGUGCUAUAAUAAUCAAGUUUGCACAAGAUAGUUCUCAUCUUUGAUUUGUGUUUCUGAGAUUUAAAAAAAUCCUAAUUAAUCUUAAGGAGCUUCUUCAAUAAAAAUCACAUAUUUCUCGUUGUCUAAAUGUUCAUAUGUUCGCAUUCUGAUGCUACAGGACCUAUCAUGAGAAAAAUAAGUGUGAUGUUACAUUUCUAAGUACUUCUGCAUUCAAAUGGUUGUGAAACUCUGGCAGACCCGAACGGCAGGUUCAGACACAGUGAGAUUUCCUAUGUCACAACUGCAAGCUCCGCCCCCCAGAGCCCCACUUUGCAAGCCAGACUCGGAGGAUGAUUACGGAACAAGCAUGUGCGUUAGCGGAUUGCAAUGCUCGUAAGAAAGCCAAUUAUGAUUUUAGCUUUCGUCAUGCUCCCAAACACAUUAGUGUCUAGCGUGAAGAGAAGGGUGCAGAGCAGUGGUGUCUCCGUCCACAACUCAGGGGAAUUGCUAAUGACCUACUGGAGCUCUGCAGAAGAAAAGCCCUUGAAGAUGACACAGGUAACUUGACUUUGGCUCAAAACUUCAUAAUCACAAUUUAAAGACCACUGAUAACACUUUAAGUAGUAAAGAAAAAAAGAUUGGAGUGAGACUAUAUUAAUUAAUUAAUUACAGAUGCAAGAUAUCUCUUAAUCCUUUCAUUAUAUAACCUUCAAAUCUAUGUGGAUGUGCCUUAUCAACCUUGACUUACGUUUCUCAAAAGAAAUCUCAUACAUAUUGUUAUAAACUUAACUAUAUUUUUGUAUGUUGGUGUGUUAAUGUCCUUUUUAGUAUUUUUAGACUUUUUAAUGUUACUUGGACAUGCUUCUAUUUGUGAUUUUCAACAAAUGCUUAAUAUAUAAUGUUAGGGAGAUUUCUUUUACAAGCUCUCAAGUCUUUCAUCUUACCAUUGCAUUUUGAAUGUGAGUAUUUGCUAUUAUCAUUAUUGUUAUUUCUGCCUUUCUUUCAUCUGUCACAGUGAAAAAGCAGCCACGGAUACAUUCCUUUGUCCCAUAAGCAUAGCUGCCAACUCUACAGUGAUAACAGCAAAGUUAGAGGGCUCACCUUAAUUUUAAUGUCAACUACCAUACCUUGGUACUGCAAAACAUCAACAAAAUCCUAGCCGAAAUAGAGAGUCAGACAGCUCUCAUAACUCCAGUGCAUGUUGCAUAAUAUUUUAUGUUAAUGUUUGUUCAAUGACUUUUUCUAACUCAAGGAUAAACAUUUUCUGUGUCUGACUUUAAUGUUCACUUUCAUGGAAAAAAGAGGUACAACAAUAAUUUUGUCCUUGUUUCGUUAGCUGCAAAAUCCACUGUGACAUCUUACCCCAUGUGGUGAGACAACUUAACUGAUGGUGGAGCAACAUGUCACAUGUUCACACCCUCUAUUUGAUCGUUCAUAACUGCACUGACACAAGAUAUGAAAAUGACAUGAAACUUUUGUUUUUCAUCUGGUACACAUUUUGUUUACAUAUGAUGUAUUGAUUCUAAGAAAUAUACAAGAGUGUAAAAAGUGUGACAACAAGCCCCGGUCUCCCCUACACUCACUAACCCAAUCCCGUUUCAGUUUGAUCUCCUGGUGGAGAGUUGUGAGGAGCUGUCCACGGUGCUGAAUCUCUCUCUCUCUCUCUCUCUCUCGCUCUCUCUCUCUCUCUCUCUCUCUCUCUCUCUCAAACAACACAUCUUUUACACACAAAGAGUUGCUCUGCUGUUGGUUCACAGAAUUUUUUUUAUUGCAUAAUCAGAAAACGCCAAAAGUGCAGUCAUGCUUUGUUGCUGUCACGUGGACUGCCGUGCGCAGAUUAACGCUGAACCAAGGACGCAGUAAAUGAUGCAGCGUGAUAAUAAUGAGCCUCUCCUUUAUGGGAAAAUACGGGAUUUAUUUAACUGCUAUGUUUCUUCUCCGUGCUCCUCCUUCUCCCUCCCUUGCUCCGGGGACGAACAGUGAACUAUUUUUAGACUGAUAGAUCUCCCCUCCUCCUCCUCCUCCUCCCCUUCAGACUCUCUCCCUCAGGGACUCGAACUCACAUCUUCGCAAAGGUAGACGCCAAACUGACGUCAGAGGACCCGUCGUUUGACGUGUAUCCACCCCCCAUCGCCACCACACAGCGAUCAAACCAGCAGCCCUCCCUAUCAGCACUAUUUCCUCUCUCUCCUUGGCGGAGCAAUCACGCGCCGAUUCUCGUUCCGUCUGUCUUAUACAGCUGCUUCUCAAGGAGCACUCAAGAAAACAAGGAGAUUUAUCCAUCAUCAUCAUCAACCCACAAUUAUUAUCAGAUUUCGCAUCUUCUCUGCUUUCUUGGGAGCAUCUACAUCUCUAUCUUUUUUUCUCAUCUGAUUGAUUUCCCUCUGAGAUGGAAGUGAGAUGUCCUCCAGCGGUGAUGUGUUGUGUUCUUGCCAUCCUCUCCUCCAUGGUUCCCGGGUCUUUGGAGUCCUCUUACAGGGACAGGCAGUACCUGAACGAGUGGGCGGUGGAGAUUCCGGGUGGGUUAGCUGCUGCAGAGGCGAUCGCCAAAGAGCUGGACUACCAGCUGGUCCGACAGGUAGGCAACAACAGCCAACACCAAAAAACCUAAGGCACCUGUUCAGUCGUGAGGGGAAAAAAAAAAGCUUAAAAUGACAUCAAAUUGGGUAACCCUUUAAUGCCUGAAACCACAAAUUAUGGCUAGAAAAUUUACAUUUAUUUUGGAGCUGAAAUGUUUAUUUCACUUACCUCUGAAAACCAAAAAAAAAAAAAAAAAAUCAAAAUGUCCUUAAAAUGAAACAAAUAUAUUUAUUUAUCUUGUUUGAUACAUUAGAUGUUUUGGAAACUGAUAAACGAGGACAUAAGAGGACAUUUUUAUCAUUUAUAGGACUGUAUUCAGUUUUUUUGUUUUUUUUUUUCGUCAUUUGUAAAAAGCCCGAACUCAAGCCACAACUGUAUCUUAAAAAAAGAGGCUCAAAAUGAGUCAUACAAUGGUAAUAAAGCCCACAAUAUCAUCUGUAGUCUGUGUAGUAACAGAGAUGAGGUAAUAGCUGUAUCAUUUAUUCUGCUUUGCUUGACCAGACCAUUACAGGAGUGGAAACUAUUUUAUGAUAGUCCCAAAAGCACACGGUGUAUCUUCUAAAUUAAAGGAAGAGGAUUUAAUCAAUGUAUGACUCAUUGUUUACCCAUUUCUGAUAACCAAGAGCUCAAGACUCAUGUUUCAUUUUGCUGUUCUGUGCAUCGAUGCCUACUUCUAAUGCUGUCUCCUGCUGUACAAACACAUUAGCGUUCAGAUUUAUUAAGAGGACGGUUCAUUAUUUUGUAUGAAACCUGUGGCACUGAACUGCAGCCGUCAAUUAUUAACUGAGCUGUCAUGUUUAUUGGAGACACACUGUACACUCUCCACUAUAUGCAUUCAAUCAAGCAUCAUUUAUUAGCUUUCAUGUGGGUUUUACAUGCUUUCAUCCCCAAAGACCCACAGCUACAGAACAUCAUCGACACCUGUAAUGUAUUGUUAGUAUUUAUUUAGGAUUAAUGAAUGUAAUAACUCCUUAAACCUGUUAUGCAGGAUUAAAGCAACACAACAAAUUUAGUACAAGAGCAAAUGAUGUAGAGAAUUUAAAAUACUGCAUUGGGAUAUUGUAGAUUUGUUGAGAUUUGUAACUAUGUUUGUGGGAUGACAAUUGUAGACCUGGACCUGGAUGGCUGGUAUUACAGAAGAAGAAAGAAAAGAGAGAAAUGAUCCCAUAUUUUGCAUUUCUCUCUGCAGAUUGGGGCCCUCCAAGAUCAUUUUUUAUUCAAACAUCGCAAUCACCCUCGGAGAAUGAAACGAAGCGCCGAGCACAUCACCAAGCGGCUGUCGGAGGAUGAUCGGGUGAGAUUUCAGCUUUGGCUUUGCAUAUAUUGUUCUUAUUGUAUUGAUGACUCCAAUGAAGCCAUAUGUCUGUAUUCGUCUCCGUGCAGGUGCUUUGGGCAGAGCAGCAGUAUGAGAAAAGUCGCAACAAGAGAGCAUCCAUUCGGCAGUGCAGGGACUGCCCAGUGGAUAAACUGUUUGAUGAUCCCAUGUGGAACCAGCAGUGGUAUCUGGUAAGUGCCCAUGAAAGAAAUAAAGUACAAUAAAACAGUAAAUGAGGUUGUGUGCUACAGAAUUGUUUGUGAGGAUACAUGAAUUCAUGUAGUGUCUCAUUGGGGAAUUGCAUUCUUGCUGGGUUAAAGACCAAUAUAUAGUUUUGGGGAAAUAUUUAAAACCUGCAAAAAGUGUUGAUUUUUGUCAUAUGUUGUGUCUUAGACUUCUGUUGUACGCAUUUGCUCUUCUCCUCCGUGACACUGAAACUCUGGGACUGCUGAUCAGCUCCUCUCACCACCUCGUCCUCAGUUUGAGCCUCUAAUAGGAGAUCACUGACAGUGUGUUUGACAUAUGUGUGUCACUUACAGUAUUUGUGCUGAAAUACAACCAACUCUGAAGCAAGAAAAAAGGGAAAAAGCUUAUUAUUUUUCCACAAUAUUGUCUUAAAAGAAGAAAAAAACGUGAAAUCAUAAACCAGUAGUGUGUCAUCAAGCAAAUCUCACCAAAAGAGCCAUUUGCUUAAUUGGUAGCACUGUGGAUGUGGAGCUGAGGGGUGGAUGAUAAUCCAGCAGGACAGACUAGAGUAGAGCAUCACGCAUUAGAUGUUUAUUUACCCUGAGUGUGACGUUUUAACCCAUUGAAGCCAAGCAGUCGUAGGGGAGUAGCACACUGGCACAGCUGUGCAUCACCGUCCAGAUCCAUUAUCAAUGCUUUCACUCAUCCCCCUGACCGCUGACUGACCCUGAUGCCAUUAACUCUUUACCGAGUUAGGUGUAUUAGCUCAGAAUAAACUGGGAGAGUUACUUUCAGACCACAGUCCGUACAGACAUGCCACGUUUUUAUCUAACCCAGUCAGACCUCACAAUAAAUCAAGCUACAAGUAAACAAAUUAAAGCUGCAUCCUACAACCAUUUCAUUAUCAUAUACUCUGCAACUAUUUUGAGAAGUUGACAAAGCACUGGGUCCAUAAUUUGUCAUUAAAAGAUAGGAGAAAAAAGUCAGAUGUCAAGUUAAAUAUGUUUUUAUUGUGUGAAAUGAAGUCCAAAACCUUAAUCUAUCCCUCAAAUAAUGACAUAAAUGGUAAAACAACAUCAAAAAGUAGCUAUUUUGUGAAGAAACUAUUGACUUUUAUUGAUAAUUUCGGCCCAAAACACCUUAAACUCUUGUAAUUCCCACCAACUGAGACCAUGUGGCUGUGAUAUAUAAGAAAAUGUAGGACUGAUCCCCAAAGAAACAAAGGUUAAUAAGAUGAGUCAUGGAACAUUCAUCACCAUGCUUUGUUUAAACCCAUGUAAAUCGACAGAAUCUCUACUAUUACAUCAUACACAGGGAUCAAUGGUGAUCUCAGGGUAGGCUGAUUGAUUAUUCAACUGAUCACACUCAGCAAAGCGGGGUUAUUGAUAGAUCAUAUGCUGUGGAAACAUAUAAAUACGUGUUGCACCAUCAUAUUUGUGUGUGUGUGAGUGUGUAUGCACAUUCAUUACGCUCACCCAGCUUCUCAUCACCUGCACUGAACCAGCAUGAGGCACAUGCUUACGGGGGAAUAAGAAAACAAAUUGAGAUGAAUCAUUUUUGCGGAUGAGACAUGAUGACGUUAAUGGAAUUGGCCUUAAAGUGCUUGUUUAGUAUAUUUCCCCAUCAGGCUGGGCUCGGUGUCUCUCUGCAGACCAUGUUAGAGUUCAUCUACAGCAAAGAGAUUCAUCCUUGUUGUCUGGAAAGAAAGAUUGAGCUGUAGCCUUUUCCAAUCAUCCUCUAUGCUGAUGAUAUUAUCUUUUAUGUCCGGUAUUUCCAAGCAUAAACAACAAGACUAAUGGAGGUAGAGGUGAGAAAAGAGAAAGACUUUGGUUGGCUGGAAGAGCACAAACAUCAGAGUAGGGGGUGGGUGGAGCCGUGUGAUGACGGCGGCUGCAGGCCGGCGGCUGAUAGGGAGAGCUGAGCCUGAGCACAGGAUGAGAGUCUUUAUCUCUCACGAGUGGGUGACUGCCUGAUAAUUUAAUCAGGGAGUGACUCAUACUUGUAGCAUGAAAUUCCUCCUGCCUGCACAGCUGCAUGAGUGUGUGAGUGUGUGUGUAAGAGAGAGAAAAGAAGAGAGCCUGUAUCCGUGGCAGUGCAAGCGUCAGUAUAUGUUUAUGUACAUCAGGGGACAGGAUAUUUGUGUUUGUCCACUCACUCGUUUUAUGUUAGAUCACUGCAGAGAGCCUUGCACAAAUUGCUGUGUGUGUUAAAGCGUGUACCAUAAAAAUCUAUGGAUGGUACCAACAAGUGAGUCAUUUGGUUUUACACCAAAACAAGCAAUCUGUAGAUAAUAGUUGGCCAGAGGUAAAAACCCUCUUUUCCAAAUUGCUAUUGAAGCACAUUGGGUGUAAACAAAACAAUCUGCUGAGUAUUUGCUUAAAAACAGCAAAGUGUUUGCAGCCAGUGAGACACUGAUGAUAGGAUGGGGCUGAAUAGGGGAUCAAAGUAGGAGCUGAGGCGAGGAAAAAGGCGAUACAUCCUGGGGAUGAGUCAUGUCUUGGGGUGGCGUUCUGCAGUGUCUAUGUAUAAUGCGCAAAGAGAGUGCUGUUUCUAGUCAUAGCUGUCUCAAGCUCAGAAGUGUUUUCUUCCAUAGGCUUCUUACCCGCAGGCUUUCCCCUGAUCCCUGCUUAAUUUCCAUUUAAACCAGGCCCUGCAUUCCCCAAUCCUCCCUAUGUGUGAUAUUUAGCCUCAGAGAUGAGUUUCUGAAUAAUCAGAGAGGGGGAUUGAAUGAGGCUACGGAAACUCUGGGCUGAAACAGCACAAUCCUACAAUCCUGAAGAGCUGGAGGGUAUCUGGCAGGUUUUUAUCUAUCUCUAAAGUUUCUGUGAGGGGAAUACUAGAGCCUGUCUAUGUGACCCCUAGAAACCAAUCUGCCUACAAGUGGUUAUUGAGGAAGGCUCAAACCGGACAAAAGAGAAGCCAACCAUGAAUGUGUGUAAAGGUCAACGCAGAAUGAUUAAGACUUAACUCCAGCUGACCUUUUCAGCAUAUAUGAUGAUGCUUUAAGAGCCUGUUCAGAUGAAAUAACAGUGUAAAAUGCAUGUGCAGUUUUCUUAUUUUGUUCUUAUCUUUCACAGCAAGAUACUCGGACAUCUUCCUCACUGCCAAAGCUUGACCUGCAUGUGAUCCCUGUGUGGCAGAAAGGCAUCACGGGAAAAGGAGUGGUCAUCACGGUGUUGGAUGACGGCUUGGAGUGGAACCACACAGACAUCUACUCCAACUACGUAAGACACCGUUUCCAUGGAGACAGCCUCCAUCGUCUGGACCUGCCGUUGCCUUAGUAACACUGCUGGUGACACCUUGCAAGGCUAUUCAUGAGGAUAUGAUAAAUCUGCUGCAUGACAGUGUCUGCCUCCAAAGAUCCUCUAUUAGAUCCAAACUGCUCUGAGUGAUUCUGCCCUUGACAUUUUAGGAGGCAGAAUUUGGAAAAUAACUCCAAAUUCAAGAAUGUGAUUCACAGUCUAAAAGAGGAUAAUUACAAGUCAGUAAGGGCAGACAUGAUUGACUGGAAAUUCAGUGUUUCCUUCCCUGUGCUAAAGAGGUUUUUAAAGACUUUCAAAAGCCACAUCUGUGGUUUGGUUUCAAACAGAGCUGUUGCUCUUAGUCUCAAGCCGCCACUACUUUGCCAGAGCAAAAGAAGGGAAGAGUUAGGCAGAGGAGGGAGAGAGGGGAAUGAUGUUGACAACAGCACUGAUGGAAACAACUCCUGCUGUAAUUAAGUUAACUCUGAUUAAUCAAAGAUCCUCAAUCAACAAAGCGCUCCCCCCUCAUAAUCGAGGUGUAUGCAUGUGUUUGUGUAAUUUGGCAGCAGUAACUCUGAAUGACAGUCACCUGGUUCAGCUCUUUUAGUGUACUGUAGUAAACACUGCGAGCCAGAAACUGAGCUGUGCUCCGGAGUAACAAGUAACUUGCUUAAUUUAAAUAUAGAGGAGAAAAACUGGUCAGACAUACGUUGUAAUGUAAAAAAAACAACAAAACAUUUAAAACCAGCAGGUAGACAAAUACUUACACAGCUCUGAGGCCAACAUUUUCAUGUAAUUAAAACAAAAGCGAGUUGUAGAGAGAAAAUCAGUAUUUGCUGUUUUAUUUCCAAGUCACUCUUCCUCCUCCUUGCACAUAGUCCUGUUCUCCUUGGCUUUUAACACCCAGUAGGAGGUUGACUUCAUUUAUUUAUUUUAUUUUAAUUGAUUUUAUUUAUUGUGUUUGUUUUUAUUCUAUUUUACUUUGUUUUAUCUCAUUUUAUUUUUACCUUACCUAUUGUGCUCCCGUUGUGUUAUUUAUUGUGUUUUUAUCUUUCUGUGCAGCACUUUGGAAACCUUGCGUAUGCUUAAAUCGUGCUAUAUAAAUGAAAUGGAUUGGAUUGGAUAUAGUCACCAUGAUAGCAGACAGGCUCUAAUAAAUCAGUGAUUAAUUCUGAGAGUCUUGGUCACUGAUGAUCACUGAUAUCCCCUGACUGUUUUUCCUCUUGUUUUCAAAGGACGCAGCAGCCAGUUACGACUUCAACGACAAUGACCCCGACCCUUUCCCCAGAUACGACUCUACUAAUGAGAACAAGUGAGUGAACUGCUGAAAAUUGACGUUCAGACAUUACCUGUUUUAUAAAAUCCUCCUGUGGUUUGGUUAUUGUCGGAGAAAUCUCUGUGUUAUAAUAAAUCAGCUCAAAAUGGGAAAAAAUUAGGUGAAUAUGACCGAAACAGUUUCUGCUAAAGACUGAAAAUAAUUUCUUCCGUGCAGUCAGAUUACCGCCUAUCCAAGAACUCCACGUAAUUUAUAGACCACAUCUGAAGUUAAUGACUCAACCUCUGCGAGCAGUAACACACACACACAUACAUGAACACACUCCUCACCGACAACAGCUAUGGACUAUUAUCCAGAUACUCAACGCUUCAAUACCUCUGAGGUUAAUAAGUGUAAAUUCAAAAUAUCUCUGUUAUCACAAUCACUGUAUUGUGCUUCUGAUAGGACAAUUGUGUGAGAAAUUUUAAUUGUGUUAUAAAUUUUGUGAGGUAAAGAGGGCAGGUAAACUGUAUAAAUCAGCCGAUCAAUAACUCUGAUAUGUUGUUAAAUUCCUGCAAAAAACCAUCAAACAUAACAUACCAAAUCAAACUUAUCAUGCAGGCUUUACUUUAAGUCUUUGAGGAACUUGUGCAGAAUAAACGAAUUGGUUACAUUUUACUUGACACCUAUCUCUAUUACGCAUUAGAAUUAUAUGUAUAAUGCAUUAUAAUCACGUUAUAGCACUGUUAAACUAUUUGAUGUUUGGGUCAUGAAGAGGCAUUGUAAUUAGUUUAGUAUUUCUCCUAACCUGUUGAAAACUUCACAUAGGAGCUUUGAGUAUAUUAUGAAUCUGUUUUUCUUCCCAGACAUGGGACCAGGUGUGCCGGAGAGAUCGCUAUGCAAGCGGAUAACAAUAAAUGUGGAGUUGGAGUUGCAUACAACUCAAAGGUUGGAGGUAAGAUAUUUAUGCACAUAAUUUAAAACGUCUUAUUUAUCCAUAUUGUGUUUGUCAGGUAGGGGCUUAGUUGAUGUCAUUGUGCUGAAUGACCCUAGAUUGAUUGAUCUAUCGAUUUAACUGAUUUGGAGUUUAAAAAAAGUAAAAAUAAAGCAAAAGCAGCCCUGCUUGGUCUGUCUUGAUGCUCUCUGGUUACUUUAAUGCUCUGUGCAUAACUCGAGUUUUCUCUAAUGCAUAAUCCAUGGAACAUUGUUGGAUUAGUUCAAAAUCUAAACGCAGUGCAAAGCUGCACGUCACAGAAUCUUUGUUGGUUUCAUGUUUUAUAUCCAGAAAGGGGGAAAGAUUCCCUCAACAAGCAGCCUGAUUUUUACCACCAGAUGGUUACAUAACGUCACUCUCCAAAAUAACUGAGCUCUGAUCCACCUAAACAAUGGCUUAAAAAUUUAUGCUGCAACAUCUGAAGGGCUGGUACUAAGCCGGUUGUCAGCGAUGUCAAAGCACCUGCAUCUUAAAAUACAGCAUCGUUAAUCUGGCUCUCACAAAAAACGAUGAUUACUUCUUUUUUUUUUUUUACUAUUUCAAGAUUCUAGACAUUUUUUGUUUUCUCUUCUUUUUGACAAGUGAAAAAUCACAUCAUUUCAUGAGAAACAAACAGGAAUGAGGAGGGUAUUAGUGCAAUAAUACUUUUAUUCUUCCUUGAUUAGGAAUUCGUAUGCUUGAUGGGAUUGUGACUGAUGCCAUUGAGGCCAGUUCUAUUGGCUUCAAUCCAGACCAUGUGGACAUUUAUAGUGCCAGCUGGGGACCAAACGAUGAUGGCAAGACAGUAGAGGGGCCCGGGCGCUUGGCUCAGAAGGCUUUUGAGUAUGGCAUCCAGAAGGUAAGCAACUAUUAGAGAGACAGGGCAGUACUUACUCACAUUCAGCUGUGAUAUCAGACUGCGGUUCCUAAUGGGAGCCAUUAUCUGCAGCAGUGAUAGCAAUCAGAUAAAACAGGAUCAAUAAGGGUGAUGUGUUCAGCUGCUGGGAAUACAGCUUCUAAUGACAAAACACCAUCAGUUAUCAUUAGCUAAGAAUUACAGUUUAUUAUAUCCUGGAGCUUUUAGCUGUUGUUUUACUUAAUAUCGUACAUCUUCCAGUGAUUCCUUUUGUGCAGGACUGCAUUUGAUUCCACAUCAUGUUCUCUCUUUGUCCCCGUCCUCUGCAGGGUCGUGGCGGGAAAGGCUCUAUCUUUGUUUGGGCAUCAGGUAAUGGUGGCAGACAGGGCGAUAACUGUGACUGCGAUGGUUACACAGACAGCAUCUACACCAUCUCUAUCAGCAGCGCCUCCCAGCAGGGCCUGUCUCCAUGGUACGCUGAGAAGUGUUCCUCCACGUUAGCUACAGCAUACAGCAGCGGGGACUACACUGACCAGAGGAUUGUAAGCAACCACGCCUGAUUACAUCAUGUCAGAUAGUCUUGUUCAAGGGACAUGCCGUCUUUAUUACAAGUUAUCCUGUGAGAUGAAUUGGAUUUUCAUGUUCGAUUUUUUUCUUUUUCCUUUCAGACAAGCGCAGAUUUGCACAAUGAGUGCACUCAGACUCACACUGGGACAUCAGCCUCGGCCCCUCUUGCUGCUGGAAUAUUUGCCCUGGCACUAGAGCAAAAGUAACAACACCUCCUAUGACCCACUGAUAUUUUCUAGAUGGCAUUUCACUCAUUAAUAUCAACAUUAGUACACACUCACUGCUUUUCUACCUUGUCUUCCCUCCUUCAGCCCAGAGUUAACUUGGCGAGACCUGCAGCACAUCGUGGUUUGGACGUCUGAGUUUGAUCCCUUGGCCAAUAACCCUGGUUGGAAAAGGAAUGGAGCAGGACUGAUGGUCAACAGCCGCUUUGGUUUCGGUCUCCUCAACGCCAAAGCUCUGGUGGACCUCGCCAACCCGGCCACCUGGAAGCACGUGCCUGAGAAGAAGCAGUGUAUUGUCAGGGACGACUCUUUUCAGCCCCGGUAAAUUAAUAUCUGACAGCUAUCGAAUAUAUUUUGCUUUCGUUAAGAGAGUAGCUCCUGUUAUGCACUUUAAGUGGGGUUGAGAAUGUGUAGAUGUUGUUUUGGUAACACUUUAUUUGACACCUAUCUCUAUAACGCAUUAUAAACGUAUUUAUUAUGUGUUAAAAUCAUGUCAUAGCACUGUAAAACUACAGUUAUAAACACUCAUAAAUGAUCAUAAUGCUUUAAAGCAAUAAUUAUAACAAAUUAUAAAGCAUUCUAUCAUGACAUACAAGGUCAGGUAUUAUAAUGUGUUAUAACUGUUUACAACAGUUCAUUGCAUUAUCUAUGUGGGCAUUGUCAGUGAGUUGUUACCAUGUUACAACACAUUAUAAUACCUGACCUUAUAAGCCAUGAUAAAAUGCUUUAUAAUGUGUUAUGAUGAUUGCUAUAAAGCAUUAUGAUCAUUUAUGAGUGUUUAUAACUAUAGUUAUACAGUGCUAUGACGUGAUUUUAACACAUUAUACAUAUAUUUAUAAUGUGCUAUACAGAUAGGCUUCAAAUAAAGUGUUACCGUUGUUUUUUAUUGCUGCACAAUACGAUGCGCUUGAGUUUGGCACCUCUUAAAUAGAGGUUGUGAUUGGUUUAACUUAUCAAGGCUCCUUUUAGUAUGAAGUAUAAAUCCUUGGAAGGCUUUUUAAGGAUACGACCAAUAAAAAUAAAUGUUAAUGUCACAGUAACUGUCAAACAUACUGAUAUUUGAUGACAAUCACAAACUCUGAAAACUUGCUGCUCUAUUUUCUUUGUUGAUGACUAAUUUGGCCCACAAAACUCUGAUCUUUGGUUUUUAAGGCAAUAAUUUAUUUUCACAUUUCACCACCUGCAGACAGCAGCAUCAGCCAGAAAAGUUCUCUGUUCCUUGAAGUAUCUGUUUAACAGUUUAUUUUGGAUUAUGGGACUCAAUAGCACCCGCACUCAGUUUCUCCAUUACCUAGCUACAUCCCUGUCUAAUCCCAAGGAUUUGGCUCCGUGUUUCAGUCAAUGCUUAGUGGUCUAGAAACCCCUCCAGCUUUAUGGCAGCUUGAGCACAGAAAUCCUUUCAUUCAUUCCUGGGAGAGAUGAGGAUUAACUGUUUGAAAAUGAAUGACCAGAAGGAUCCAAAUCUGUCAGUGCAUCUUAUGCAUGUUUGUGAUUUGCUGAAUACCUCCCAAAAAUUCUGAUUGUUCCAUCACAUUAUCACGUUAUUUAUGCAGCAAGCAUAGCAGCAUUACGCGUUAAUUCUACCCUGUAGAGCCACAUAUUGUAAUAGGAAGAAUACAGGGAACUACAGAGAGAGCUGUUUGUGCAUCUCAUUUCUACUAUUUUAAUUUAUCCCACAGGGAGCUGAAGGCAGCAGGGGAGAUUACUAUAGAGAUUCCAACCAAAGCCUGUGCGGGUCAGGAGAAUGCAGUCGUUUCAUUGGAGCAUGUGCAAGUGGAGGCCAGCAUUGAAUACACCAGGAGAGGAGACCUGCAUAUAACACUCACCUCCCCAGCAGGUUGGAUGUGUGCACUCUCACACACAGAAAAAAAAGCACAGCCAUGUGGGUCAAAUAACCAAGUUCUUAACCGAUUCGCUAUUUUUGAUAAUCCAUCAGGUACAAGCACAGUGCUGCUAGCAGAGCGAGAGAGAGACACGUCCUCUAAUGGCUUCAGAAACUGGGACUUCAUGUCUGUGCAUACAUGGGGAGAGGAUCCCUCUGGAACGUGGACCCUAAAAAUUACAGAUACUGUGAGUUAUUAAAGCUCCUGUGAGACGUUUUAAUAGGUAAUAAAACAGACUGAGAUGAACUGGGAUUUUUCUCUAUGAUUAAAAAAGCAAAUGAGGCCAUCCAUGAUGAGAUGGAUAAUUUCUGUAUCAUAAUUUUCAGUGCCUGUAACUUCUAUAAGGGGUUAGGUGUUUUAAACAGCCUUUGUCACUUAUAAAUAUUAUUAAUCAUUGUGGGUGAUAGAUUUAACAGUAAAAAGACACUAGGGGCUUUUUGUCAAGAUUAGCCACAAUAUAAGGGUUACCACUUUGUCUACAGGGGGGCGUCAAAGUCAACACAGGUGGACAGGUGCUUUAAUAUUCAUGAACAAAUGAGUAGUUUUUUCCUCAGAUUUGUAGUUGCAGUGAUAAUGUUAAGCACAUAUUACUAUAGCUAAUGCGUUGGUUGUUUGUUUAAAGUUUGGUAUCUGUCUGUCCUGAUGUACUGUAUAACCAUCAUCAUUUCCGUUCAUAGUCAGGACGAAUGGAGAAUGAGGGACGGAUUUUGAGCUGGAAACUGAUCCUUCACGGGACAUCUGAGAAGCCGGAGCACAUGAAGAAACCCAGAGUUUAUAUUCCCUACAACGCUGUGCAGAAUGACCGCCGUGGUGUGGAGCAUAUGGAUGACAUGAUGGAGGUGAGAACAAUGCAUAGAUGAUUUAACACCAAAGGUUGAUGUAUUACAAUUGUUAUUAUGAAAUCAUACACUUAACUUAAGGACUGAAUGUAAUAAAGGCGAACGUCCACAGUUUUGCUAAUAGCUCUAUCAGCCUGCAUUAAGAGCAGUGCUUUAAAUUAAAUGCUAAUGUUGAGGGUGAGGCAGACAGGCAGUUCACACAUUUGAGAUGACCAAUUUGAUAGUACAAGUAAAGAGGUUGUCCCUGGCAUUACUUUUGUUGUUGAGAAUUUUGGUAAUUUUUGUAUUACCAUUUUUAUGGGGUUUAUUCAAUAAUAGAGUACAGCAAGUUUGUAUUGUCAAACUUUUCGAUGAACUUUGAGGGAUAAUUUUAUGCUAACUCACCAAAAUACUCUCCUCCUCUCUGUCCCUAUCACAGGAGCCCACACAGGCCAAUCCACCACCAAAGACUGAAACCGCCCAAGCCCCCCUUCCCUCCAACCCUGAGGUGGAUGCCAAAAAGCCAGCAAAUCCUGCCUACUCCCCCUCCCUGGCCCUGCUGCGCCUCCUUCAGACAGCUUUCAAUAGGCAGAGCCCUGGUCUUCAGCAGCCUCAGUCUGCAACCAGAACCUCCUCCACCUGGGGGAAACAGCAGCCUAGCCGCAGUCUCUCGCCUCCUACAUCAAAACUUCCCCCUAAGAUGUUAUACCAGGCUCUGGACAUGGUCAACAAGUACCGGGGCCCUGAGGACAGUGUCUACAGCGACUACACUGACGGCUUCUACAGUACCAAGCCGUACAGGCACAGAGAUGACCGACUGCUGCAGGCCCUGUUUGAGAUGAUCGACGAUGCCAGAAAAUGAAGACCAGAGGAGAGAGGAGAAUAGGGAUGAGUAGAAGAAAGAUAUAAGAUAAGGGGGAGGCAUGUUUAUGCUUUGGUUGGGGAGCAGAGGAACAAGGCAAAGAGAACACAGAAAUAUGGGAUCAUGGAUCUAAGAAGUGGAAAAGAAGAAAGAGAUGAAGAAAAGGUCUGAUUUUACCCAAAAUGCUGCAAAUCUGAUAUAUUUACCUUGGUUUACACUCAUCCUUCAGCCAUUACUUAUUUCAGACAGUCAGCAGUAUUUGCAGCUCACUCUUACUACUAAACAUGGACUUUUCAUGAAACAAACUGUACCUCUGCAUUUUGAUUUCAACAUUUAGGAAGAAGGGAAAGGCCUUGUCUCUCUUCUCUUCACUGCCUGCUAAAGCAUGCCACCUUUAGAGUAUAAGUUUUGUAUUAGUAUCUCUAUAUUAUAUCUAUAUAUUAUUCAAAGACAAUGAUUGUAAUAUGGUUUUAAAACUCUCAAUAACCAAAACCCUCACUUUCAAAAAUCUUUCUUUGAUUAUUUUUGCCAUCUUUCAGUCAUUAAACUUUUUGUUCUAUAUAUUUGACUGUAACAGGACAACUUCUCAUUUUUCCAACUUUACGGGACAAAUGUAUCUCUUAAAAUUGGACUGUAGUCUUUAAAUUUGAGUAAGCACACAUUCAAAAUGAGGCAAAUUUGAGGAAAAUUAGCGAUGUGAAACAUCUGGACUGUGUUGACUAAAGAUUUAUUCUCAGGGUGUCAACAAAGCUCAAGAGAGUUACAGAAAAAGUAUUAAAGAAAUACUCAUAGUGUGACAGAUCUUUAACUAGGAAAAUAUAUUCUAAAAACAAAAAAGUAACUACAAAAAAAAAAUAAUAAUAACCAUGGUAAUAAUGAUUAAUGAAUGAUUGAAAGAUGGCGCCUCCUUGGAGUAGCAAUUCACUAAAUGUGAAAUAAUAUCAGACUAAUCUUUUUGUGCAAUUUAUUUAAUUUUCUAUAAGUACAAUGCUGCAUUAAAUGAAAUAUUUUUCUAAGGAUCCUCUUAAAAUAAUAUAUACAGUAUCAAACCCUUGAACAGGUUUAUUUUCUUGUGGCAUUGAGCUCUGCAAAGUCACUGCAGUUUCCAGAACUACAAAUGUACACUGCCAAAAUCUUUGCUGGCUUCAUGUAUUUCAGUGAAUGUGCAAAUGGCUGAAAUGUUGUUUGUUCAUCUUCUGCAAUAUGAUGAUUACACAGACAUUACUUUUCUGGUUUGAGUUGUUUUGUUUCAUUGGACCUGUCAAACUUCAGAAAAACUGCAGGGUAGAGGCUCUGUACUGCAACCUUCAGGCACACUCAUCUUUAUCGCCUUAAAAUAUGUUCCAUGUUACAUGAUCAUAGUUUGAUUCAUACGGUGUAUAUCAUUUACUGACGCAAGUGUUAAUGACAUAAAUCCCCCCCCUGCAGAGUCUCUACCCUCCAGUCUUCAAGCUGCUGGCCCUGCUUCUCUGCCGACAAAGUGACUGAAAUAGGAAGACUUUUGGACAAUGCUUUACAUGCACAGUGUAAUUUAUCCUCUCUUUAUUGUAGCCUGUGCUGUUUUCUUCAUGUUUUUUUUUUUUGACUGAUGCAUCAGUCAAAAGUUGUUUACAUAAACCAACAUUAUGUUGCAAUUUCUGUAUGGAUGUAAAAAAAAAUUUAAAUUUAUCGUAAUAAACUGCAAAGCGACCUCUUGA